AUGGCACCUCGACAAAAGGCUCGACAGAUUACGAUGGAUGAUGCCCGAAUCGCUGUCAAAAGUAGUAACAGCACAUCCCGUUCCUCUGGGUUGGACGAUCUAAUUCAUAUAUUCAAAGAGCAAACGAAAGCUUCCAACUUUUCGACAUUAGAUGACAAGAGCUAUCAUAUCACCUUUGAGGCGCUCUUCCGUUGUGCCCUAGCUGAAAAGCAGGCUUACUAUAGUCAUAAGAGCACCGCUGCUAGCAGGCUUACCAAGUGCGCGGAGGCGCUGCGUCUUGGCGUCGAGCUAGGUGCAGGCAAGAUCAAGCGAAAGACUGUCAUCGCCGUGAUUGACCACAUUACCCAGACGCUGCCGCACUCUGAAGAUGACUUAGUCCCGCCGCUGGUUCAGGACUAUAUCAAAGCGCUGGCUGCUCUCCUAAGCCACGCCGCUAACGUCGAGCUUCUUGCUACGGGUGGCGGCGAAGGUUGGUUCACGUGCGUUGACUUCGCUGUUGAUGUCUUGACCUUAUAUCUGGCGGCCAACGAUAGAGACUCGGUUCUUUCGCGGGCUUCACCGGCACCCGGAUCGGGACACUCGACGCCUCUCACAUUCUCGACCCCGAGACCUGGGACCGCAUCCCAACGAACCAGCCGACUCUCGCGUAGUCAGCUACCGGAUCUUCUACAAUGCCUUCUUUGUCUUUCAUCCACCCCGAAUGCGCCUCUAUUACAGCGCGCGAAGGAGAUGUCAUCCGUUGUAGUUCAAGUUCUCCAACUCCGUCCUCUUGGAAUAGGUCCGUUGCAUCAGUUAGCAUUUGCCCUGGUCAACAAGCUGUUCGUAGCCUCUCAGACCGAUGAUUCUGAUCACGCGAAUUCAUUGGCAUUGGAUUGCCUACCGUUGGUAAGCCAAUGGUGGCAAACGAAGGCUGCAUCUGCACAUGAUGCGCUUCUAAACGGCGUCCGAGUUGAAAUGCUAAAGCUUCUAUUUAAUAUCCAUCUUCAACUCGAGUUCUUAAUCAAGCAAGGCGAUAAGCCCUCGCUCCUCGGUAACAUUGAAACUCUCGCGGAGUUGUUAUGGAGUGAAUAUUCCAGACGAGAAGAACGCGCCCAGCUUCAACAAGACGACUUGACAUACUCUGCACCCCACAGCAGCACAACUUUUCAAGUGCAGUCCUUUUCUUUGCGGUUAUUCAAUGUUGAAGGCGAAAAAACUUGGGCAGUUGUGCAUAUUCUAGCGCUUCUUGAACGACUGUUAUGGAGGGCGUCUGAGCAAUCGCAAACAACCUUAGCCGAUGAUGAACAACCACGGAAGAAACGACGGACAGCCUCGGGCUUCAGUCGGCUUCGCCAGAAAUUACGUUCCAAUGAUCAUUCAAUACAAUACACUGCUUUACAAAUCACCCCUUUUUUUGUGUCAGGUCUCAAGGUUAACAUCGAUGAAAUGUCGGAGCUUCUGUCCUUCUUGGUGAGCCAAAUCACCAGCAAGAAUAGCAAAGUGGCUACGUGGGCUAUGAUUGCUUGCGCAAGUCUAACUCCUCAAGUCAGCGCCACCGACAACACCCUGUCCGCAAUUUGGAAGCAGAUAUGGCAGAUUACAGUACGCUCUGUCACUAUGACUACGAACUGUCGAGCCUCGAGUGUUUUACUACAUUCCAUCAUAACUCAUAAUCUAGUGCCGUAUCGCGAUAUUGCCGAUGACAUCAACAGCAUGAUUACGACCGCCGAUGUAAAUGGUCCAGCUGUCGUAGUAGAUUCUUCGCUCAUACUAAUGACAACACUUCUUCACCUUCGAAACUUUCAACUUCCGAGCGCCAGUUACACAACCUGUAACUGCGUUGUUCGCUGGGUAUUUUUCAGGUGGGAUCCUACCGAUGCAGCCUAUAUAUCAUCUUACUCGAGCCAUGUUAAACCAGUGGAUAUUAUCAACCUAAUGAAAGCAGCUUACGGAGAUGCAAAGUUAACCUUAUCUCGGCCAUCUCAAACGAUCUCGGGACAAAUUGGGGAGACGUUGUGUCUACUCCAGAGCCGCGAGAGCCUAAUCAGAUAUCUGCUUCUUUUAGACUCUGGUGUUCCUGAUUCUUCGUCGAUCCCCAGCCAGCAGCCAUCCUUAGCGCCAGUCACACAAGUCGGUGAUACUGCGAACUCGCACGGUACAAAAAAGCUCGUAGCGGAGCUCUUUUACUCAAAGCUAGAGGAUAUCAGAGCUCUAUGUGAAACCUGGGAUAAACAGAAAGAUCAGUCUAUUCAGAUCACCCCGGAGAAACUCCAGAGCAUUAUUUCCUCCUUGAUUGUUGGUGUCUUUAUCCUUCCGGAAAUAAUCGAGGUAAAUUCGAGGCCAUCGCAAGAGGUUCAAAAUUCCCUGUUCUCGAUCCUUCAAACUGCCUUAGCUGGUGUCUCGAACUCAUACGAGAGCCAAGUACUGUAUGACUGCCUCCUCACAUCGGUUCGGUCUUACAUGCCCGCAUUGUCGACCGCCGAGUUGGGUAAGCUAGGAAAGGAAUGGUCAUAUCUUCACCGUUUCUUUUUCGAACUGUCUGGUGCUUUUCGGAAGAGAAAUGACAGUCAAUCGUCCGGUAAUGACGACGAUUUCAUGGACCUUGAUGACGAUUUUGAAUCAAAAGAGCAUCGAUCAAAUACGUCAUCAAAAUCACCCGAAGUAUCUCGACAUGAGGCUACUGUUGCUUUACAAGCGGUAACUUUUCAUUCCGAUACCAUUCAAAGGUUGCGUCUCCUCGAUGUAUUGUAUGGGGAUCAUGGUCAAAUCGGGCUGAUCCCAGCGUCAUUUCUCAAUGACUUCUUAGAAUUGUCCAACGAAGAGCUCCUCACCUGCCGCUGUUUAGCCCGAGAGCUAUUCGAUUCUGAUCUCAUCAUAAAUCCCGACGAUGCCGAUAGAGUUAUUGGUAGAAUGGGCGAGUUAAUCGGUAGCGCGGCCUUUUCAAGUUGUGAGGUUGCUCUGAAUAUAUGUCUCGACGUGAUGGAAGGCUUGAUGCCUAUCUGGUCUGAUAGCGAUGGCGAGAUAUCCUCUCGCGUCGGUGAUUUGUAUCACUACUUUCUCAAUGCUGGACUGAAAAAUAACAUGCUUUCGUCCAGCAUUCAGAUGUCGCUGGCCCGGUUACUUCUUCGUUUAAUUCAACUCAACGAGAAAUACACAGAAGCAAUCAAGAUGGAGCCUCCGAGCUCGUCACUACUUAGCAUACUAGGCAGCGCAGCGAUACCUGUCAAGUACUACGUUGGAUCUCGUUUGCCAACCCUGUUUGGCAGAUAUACCCUGAAAUCCCACGACGAGGUCCUAGUUGACGUCCUCGAAGUUCUCCCAAGCAAAACCGAUUUCCUCGAGGGUAUAGCCCUGCGACUGUUUAUACUCGCAGAGCUAGCACGGGAGUGGCCUACCCUCCUCCGGCGUGGAAUUUAUCAUAUCUUUGAGAUUCCCGGUGAGAUUCCCAGUUCGAAACGACAUGCAGCACGUUGCCUUGAUAGCAUAUCAGCCUCGCUGAAUCUUGAAAAUACACAACAGCUGUUCGAUCUGUUUGCUCCCCAGCUCCUUUACACCUGGCUCGAAAUCAAGAGCAUCGACGAUAUACCGUUCAUGAUAUUCGGUUUCUCAACUCUUAAGGAGUUACUACAACGUGCUCAAUCCGAGGUAGUAGCCUUGAUGGUGAUGCGAGGACAGGACGACGAAGCCGCAAGGUUAGCUGCGACUCUUGGUGACAGCCCAUCACAACUUAUUCGACGCAAUUUUUCAAGAAUUAUCGCAUAUAGUAUGGCCCACGAUAUUAGUAUGCCCAAAGCAGAGCAGCAGCGGAGUGGCGAAAGUCGAUUGCGCAAAAUCCUCGGCCGAGAAGCAUUUCUCGAGGCAAUAUAUAUUAACUUUGCCGAUAUCAUCGGACUAUUCUUCAGCCUUAUCGAUCAAGAAAAUCCAGUUGAGGAGUCGUGGGCUAGAGAUAAGAGCUUUGCAUACGCCGCCCAGGCAAUGGCGGAGAUUAAGAAGUGCGGUCACUCUGAAGUCGGCCUAUCCCCAAAUCAGCAGCCAAUGUUCCGGGCCAAAUACCUAACCAGAGAAAUAUCACUACUAUGUAGCCGAACAGAAUACGAGAUAUCCGCACUCUGGACGCCCGCACUUGUGGUUAGUGUCGCUAGGAAGCUGCUUAAUGGUGUCCAUUCGGCAUUGGGUCCCUUGCAUACUUGCUCCGUUCUUCGAAAGGUCAGGGUUCUCAUCUGCCUAGCGGGCCAACAUGCUUGGGAAUCGUAUCCUUUAGAGAUGCUUCUACAAUCUAUACGUCCACUCAUCGUCGAUACAGAAUGCGCAGAUGAUGCGCUCGGCAUGAGUCAGUACCUCUUAGAGAAAGGUUCGGAACCAUUGUCGCAAUCGCCUUCAUUCGUUGCCGGCUAUGCUCUGUCUGCGCUUGCUUCCUUGCGCGUGUUUCUAGAGACCAGCCAGUCCAGUACAACACAAGAAAGUCAAUUCAAAGCUACUAUGAAUAAAGCUCAAAAAUUCCAUUCGUGGUUUACGAAAUACCUGGAAGACUACGAGUCUCCUUUCCUCCAGGACAGCGAGCACCGUGCUGCUUUUGAAGCCAUUACGAGUUGCGCGGCCCACGUUCGAUCGUCCGGGAAUGCGGAGCGAGGCACUCACGAAAGCAAACUUCUACUAGAAAUCCUCCAGGACGGAGUACACGGAGCUCAGCUACUAAACGAACCCUCCCGCAAGUUAGCAUUGGAAAUGCUAUGUAGUCACUUCACAAUUCCCACUUCUCGCAGCGUUGAUGUAAUCAGCUCCGACGAAGAAGCAUCGACCUGGGCUCCUGUCGUGUGGAAAAGUUGUCAGGCACAAGGGCUAAGCAACGAGUAUCUUGCUUGGGCAGGCCGUGUUGUCGGCAGGGGGUUUGCCGCGUCCGGCCUCGUCGAGCAGGACCUACUCCGAGAGUCCGAGUUGUCACGAUACUUCAACGCAUCGGUGGACGCAUCUGGAUCCGAACAUGGUCUUCUUAGUCUCUUGCAAUCUUUGACGUCUGAUAGUGACUGUUACAAGGCAGGUCUCGCAGAAUCGGCCUUGCGAACAAUUGUAUCAGAAGCUGCGGCUCAAGGCGACAACAACUUGCUUAUAGCUUGUCAGAAAGUCUUGUCUGAUCAACUCCUCGCAACAUCGGACUGGACGCCAUAUCGAACGCCACCAUCUGACAAUAUGCCUAUUAGCCUUGUUCGAGAAGAUUUUGUCCUCUCUAGCAAAGCAUUCGAAGAGGCAAAGUGGGCUCAGGGUGUUGCGGUAUAUCUCGCACAAUCAUACCCGGAGAACAUUAUUCUCAAUGCUCUACCCCCAAUUCUUACUAAUGUAAAGGGCUUCUCUAAGCAAGCUUUCCCGUAUAUUAUCCACCUAGUCCUCCUAUUUGAAAAGGAAAAGCAGCAGUCCAUCAAACGCAGCCUGUCAGGCGCGCUUAAGAAUUGGCUCAAAUUAGAGUCACCGGCAGCUAAAGAAAAUAUGAGUCUUUUCAUAAACGCUCUUCUAUAUCUAAGAACCCAGCAGUUACCAGGGGAGAACUCCAUAGCCGAUAGAGGCCAAUGGCUUGAUCUUGAUCUUCUUUCUGUUGCCUCAGCUGCUGCAAAAUGCGGCAUGUUCAAAACAGCGUUGCUGUUUGUCGAGAUGACAUCGACCGAGGGGUCACGAGCUUCCCGUCGUUCAUCUGCUGUCCGGGCUCAGGACUCCACGGAUAUCCUAAUGAACAUAUUCGAGAACAUCGAUGAUCCAGACGCAUAUUACGGCCUUAGUCAUACUUCAAGUCUGAGUAACGUAUUGGCACGACUCGAGUACGAAAAAAAUGGUAGUAUGAGCUUAGCAUUCCGUGGCGCACAAUAUGAUAGCCACAUCCGGAGAAGAGAUCCGGCCGCCAAUAUCGACGGCCGAUCCCUAGUAGGGACAUUAGGUAACCUCGGGUUGUCGGGGUUGUCACAUUCUCUCCUUCAGACGGAGCAGAGCCUGGAUGGCUCAUCUACCACCGUAGAGAGCACAUUUAACACGGCUAGGCGACUGGAAAUCUGGAAUUUACCAGCGCCGACGUCUACUGAUAAUCCCUCUGUUACUUUGUAUAGAGCCUAUCAGACUUGGCAACAGGCUACCGAGCUGGGCCCCGCGAGGAGUACUACUCACAAUAGUUUCAGCGAAACGAUGCGAAGCGUGGUUAAAAAGGAUCUCACGCCUGUUCGUCUACGUCACCAUUUGAGUACGUUAGCCGUUCUAGCAGAGCUUAAUGACGUGGUUGAGAUUGCCGAGUCGACUGAGCUGGACAGAGUCCUAACAACGUUUACAGAUCGCUCCGGGUGGAUGAAAAGCGGACGGUAUGAAGAUGUCAGCCAAAUUUUAUCCUGCCGGGAGACGACAUUGAGCGUGUUAGCUCAAACAUCUCAGCGCCGCGGUAUGGCAAAGAUAAAUGCACCAGAAGCCACAUUAGCGCAGAUCAAGUCUAUGCUAUUAUCGUCAAGCAUUUAUAGACAUCACCGAGCUACCCAGGAGUCAUUGAAUAUCGCAACGUCUCUUACGGACUUGGUGACGCCCAGUGCAGAUCUCGGGUUGCAUCUCGAUUCCGUAGCAAAAUUUGAAGCAGCUGACGCCUUAUGGGAUCAUGGCGAGAUGACAUCUUCUAUUCAUAUGCUUCAAAGCAUCGACGAGGACCCAAAUCUCAAGAAGCAAACUAUUCCUAUCAGCCGGCCAGAUUUACUUGCCAAGACUGGAUAUCAAAUAUCCGUGGCAAAGUUAGAAAAGCCGGAGACCAUCCAGAGAGAAUAUCUGCAACCUGCUUUAAAGGAACUUAGAGGUAAGACCGACAGCCGAGAAGCCGGCAAGGUCUACCAUCAGUUUGCCAUGUUCUGCGACGAACAACUGCAAAAUCCAGAUGGGCUUGAAGACUUGGCUCGCCUGCAACAUCUGAGGAAAGGAAAAAGCGACGAGGUCUCACAGCUCAAGGGUCUCAUUUCCAGUACGAGAGACUCGCAAAUGAAGUCAAGGUACAAUAGCCACCUUACUAAAGCAAGGCAAUGGCUCGACUUGGACGAGCAGGAAUUGCGCCGUGUGGAGCAAAGCCGAACAGAAUUCAUCAGGUUGAGUUUAGAAAACUACCUUCUCUCUCUUGUGUCCUGCGACGAUCAUAACAACGACGCUUUGAGAUUCACAGCCUUGUGGCUCGAGCGGUCAACUGAAGAAUUUACUAACCAGGCCGUCAUGAAACAUAUCGACAAGGUUGCAACCCGAAAAUUCGCGACGCUGAUGAAUCAACUUACUUCGCGCUUGAUCGACCAAAAGAGCACAUUUCAAAGCCUGCUUUCUGAGCUCAUUUAUCGCAUCUGCGUUGACCACCCUUACCACGGGAUGUAUCAAAUAUGGUCGGGGGUGAAGUCCCGCACAAACGCAAAAGACGACGUGGCCGUAUUGCGCCAGAAAGCUACGGACAGGGUUGGCAAGAGACUUGCCCAAACCGAGUCGGUGUCAACUAUAUGGGCUGCCAUCGACAAAACGAGCAAAGCAUAUCACAUGCUGGCGGUGGAACGGGAUCCUUCGCGCUAUAAGGCAGGGCAAAAGGUCGCCGUCAAGGACUCAACUGGCGGUUCUGGCCUUGCAACUGCUUUAGCGAAAUGGAAAAUACCACCUCCUACGAUGCAAAUAGAACUCUCGGCUAGCCGAGACUAUAGCCACAUCCCGUAUAUUGCCAAGAUCGAACCGAACAUGUCUAUCGCUUCCGGUGUCAGCGCGCCAAAGAUCAUUACGGUGGUGGGUACUAACGGAGAACGUUUUAAGCAGCUCGUAAAAGGCGGCAACGAUGAUCUUCGCCAAGACGCCAUCAUGGAACAGGUCUUCGCCGCCGUAUCGUCCGUAUUGAAACAUCACCGAUCUACCCAGCAACGCAGUCUUGGCAUCAGAACAUACAAAGUCUUGCCGCUAACGGCUGCUUCUGGACUUAUCGAAUUCGUCUCAAACACCAUACCACUCCACGAAUACCUCAUGCCAGCUCACGAGCGGUACCAUCCGAAGGACCUCAAAGGUUCGCAAUGCCGCAAGGAGAUUUCCCAAGUCCAAAACAAAUCAGCCGAUGCACGUGUAGCCACGUAUAAGAAGGUCACCGAUCGGUUCCAACCUGUGAUGCGCUACUUCUUCAUGGAGCACUUCGUCGAUCCGGACGAAUGGUUCGCCAAACGCACGGCGUAUACGCGAACCACAGCAGCAAUUUCCAUCCUAGGCCACAUUCUAGGUCUUGGCGAUCGCCACGGCCAUAACAUCCUCCUCGACUCCAAAACCGGCGAGGUGGUGCACAUAGACCUGGGCGUGGCUUUCGAAAUGGGCCGCGUACUUCCCGUUCCCGAACUCGUGCCGUUCCGGCUAACGCGCGACAUCGUCGACGGCAUGGGCAUCACGAAGACGGAAGGCGUGUUCCGGCGGUGCUGCGAGUUCACACUGGACGCGCUGCGCGAGGAGACAUACUCCAUCAUGACGAUCCUGGACGUGCUGCGUUACGAUCCCUUGUACUCGUGGUCCAUCAGCCCGGUCCGCAUGGCCAAGCUGCAGGACACGCGGCGCGACGAGGAGGUCGACGGCGCCGACGCCGAUAUCGACUCCAAGAAGAAAAAGGCGGCCGGCACCGUUGGCGUCGUCAACGAGCCUAGCGAGGCAGAUCGCGCGCUCGAGGUCGUGCGCAAGAAGCUGAGCAAGACGCUGAGCGUGACGGCUACCGUCAACGAUUUGAUCAACCAAGCUACCGACGAGCGGAACUUGGCGUUUUUGUAUUCUGGAUGGGCUGCAUAUGCUUGA